CGCUUUUGCUGCCAUUUGUUGUUGAAACGCGGACUUUAACACAGUGCUAACUGAACACAAAGAACACCCACAUUUGUGUUUAUUCUAAGUUUUUAUUAAUCAAAUUCUUUUAAAUUAAUUUAAAUUUUAAACUACACUCUUUUAACUUGCCCAAGAUGUUUGAAGCACGUUUAGUGGCCAGUGCAACAUUCAAGAAAAUCUUGGAUGCCGUCAAGGAUCUUCUUACUGAAGCCUCCUUCGACUGUUCCGAAUCCGGAAUUCAGUUGCAAGCCAUGGAUAAUUCCCACAUUUCACUAGUUUCUCUCAUGUUGCGUUCAGAUGGCUUCGAUAAAUACAGAUGUGAUCGAAGUUUAACCAUGGGAAUGAACUUGGCAAACAUGGCAAAAAUAUUUAAGUGUGCCAACAACGACGACACUGUAACUAUCAAGGCUCAAGAUGAUGCUGAUGUGGUCACCUUUAUGUUUGAAGCCAAAAAACAAGAAAAGAUUUCAGAUUAUGAAAUGAAGUUAAUGAAUUUAGACCAGGAACAUCUUGGAAUCCCUGAAACUGAUUUUUCGUGUGUUAUUCGUAUGCCAUCUACAGAAUUUGCAAGAAUCUGUCGUGACUUGUCACAAUUUGGAGAAUCUAUUGUUAUUUCUUGUACAAAGGAAGGAGUUAAAUUUUCCUCUGGUGGCGAUAUUGGCACUGCAAAUGUAAAACUCGCACAAACAAAUAAUUUUGAUAAAGAGGAAGAAUGUGUCACUAUUGAAAUGCAAGAACCUGUUACGUUGACGUUUGCAUGCCAAUAUUUGAACUCUUUCACGAAAGCUACACCCUUAGCAGCACAAGUGCAACUGUCCAUGUCUGAUAACGUCCCACUUGUUGUGGAAUAUCAAAUCCCUGAUCUUGGACAUCUUAGGUUUUAUCUAGCUCCAAAGAUUGAGGAAGAUGAAAAUUAAAUUUAUAUAAAGUAAUUUAAGCUUAGAAUCCAGUGUUAAUUGUCCAGUUACUCCACUUUAAACGUUAAUUUUAGUACAUGAUGUAUUUUUCUACCAUGAAAGAAUACAACUUUCUGUCACCAUUAAUAAUUUAUUUUUACAACAUACAACUACAUGAUUAUUAAACAAUAUUAGUAAUUCUU